GGUCACGGCUCUCAUCCUCACCCCGUUUUUUCAGAGUAGUGCAGGAGCCCUCGUCUUGUUCGAAAGAUAUCCGUGAUAUCGUUCCGUUUCGUGUGUACUGAAGGAAUUGUGAAUUCUACCAUAGUGAUGGAAAUUGGGUGCGAGUCUACCGUAGAAUUAGUGCUGGUGUUGUAGUGGAGAGUGGUGUUUGAGUGCGUGAAGGAGGGCAGAGAUGGGUGGUUUGACAUGGGCAGCUCAGCAGCUGCAGGGAGGAUUACGGUCGUCAUUGUGCCACUGCAUUUCUGUCGCAGAAACUCUUCCACAACAACGCCAGUCUACAGGUGUCCAUAGAAUUACGUGUUCAUCAGGCAACUAUGGCCAAGAAAGAGAAGCGAGAAAUUCAUCAGAGAAAUGGCAAGGGAAUUCGCGUGAUGUGUCGAGAAUUAGGCGAGGGCCUGGUGCCUCCAGGUGGACCCGAAUUGAGGACGAGAGAUUGGGGAGAGGAAGAGUUGGGAGAAGAGGGGACGUUGAUUUUGACAAGAGGGAAGAUCGUCGAGCUUACAUACCAAGGACCGCGACCAAUAUAUCGCCUCAUCGCGCAGUGGUGGUGGUUCGGCUUAUGCGAAUAGAAGAGGGCGGGGCAUUUGCGGAUGUAUUAAGUGGCGAGGGCGAUAAUUCAUGGGAAGAUGAGAUGGCUUAUGUGGGCCGAACUUUAGGUUUCCGAGUCCCCAGCCUGGACCUACGAGAACGAAGAUUGGUAACUGAUGAAGUGGCGGGAAUAGUGCGUUGGAAAAGAUAUUUAGAUUUUUUGAUAUUUUCUUUCUUCAAGCAAGACGUUCGAGACUAUGACCGUAUGGAGCCCCUUCUGCGCCAGAUUCUUCGGGUUGGACUGUACGAGCUUAUUAAGCUGGAGAUGCCUCCACACGCCGUGUUGAAUGAGACUGUGCAGCUUGCCAAAGUGGCCCUCAGAGCCGGUGCAGGCAACCUGGUUAAUGGGCUUCUGCGCGAUGUUGUCCGUCACCAGGAUAAAGGGCUGCUUCCAGUUCCUGCUGUGGAAGGGGAUCAGCGUUCAAGAGCAAGAGCUUUAGCAACAAUUCAUUCUCAUCCAGUUUGGAUGGUGCGGCUGUGGUUCACACAAUUUGGAGAAGACGAAACUGUGCGGCUCAUGGAAUGCAAUAAUCAACGACCUAAAUUUUCACUCAGGGCAAACAGUGCCCGAGGAGUUUCAAAGCAAGAGCUUAUUGCAGAAUUAGACAAGCUUGAGGUUUCUUACUCGGAGUCGCCGUACUUGCCUGACUUUGUUAGGCUGUCUGCAGGUAUGCAGGAUGUUUUACGAUCAGGUCUUCUCCAGAAUGGAUGUAUUGCAGUUCAAGAUGAAAGUGCAGGACUCGUGGUCUCUGUGAUCGAUGCACAUCCUGGAGAUACCAUUAUUGAUUGCUGCGCGGCACCCGGUGGAAAAGCCUUAAAUUUAGCUUCUCGACUGAACGGUCAAGGCAAGGUCGUAGCUGUUGAUGUGAACGAGGGCCGCCUUCGUAUACUCUCGGAGGCUGCCGAACAGCAGGGAGUUGGAGAUGUUGUUUCACCGUGCCACUACGACCUUCGUGAUUAUGCGGCUAAGGCGGCAGGAACUGCUGAUCGUGUCUUACUGGACGCUCCUUGCAGUGGUCUCGGUGUGCUGUCCAAGAGGGCUGAUUUGCGAUGGAGAAGAUCGCCUGAAGACGUGAAGCAGUUAACAGAACUACAAGACUCACUCUUGGAUGCUGCAGCCUUGUUGGUAAAGCCUGGCGGUGUGCUUGUAUAUAGCACGUGCUCAAUCGAGACCAGCGAAAACUCAGAACGAAUCGCUGCUUUCCUUUCAAGGAAUCGGGACUUCGUCUCAGAGAAUGUGGAGCCGUUUGUACCAGCCUCUAUGGUAUCUAAGGAGGGUUUCUUUGUCUCUUUUCCACAUAGACAUGGUGUGGAUGGCGCAUUUGCUGCUCGGAUGCGCCGAUCUUUCGAACCUGCACGGACAUUUUAGGCUUUGUGAGGGUUAUUGAUGAGAUCUCACGAAAUGACACCGUGGCGCAGUCUCAACUCCAUGUCUGUGGCACGUUUGGGCAUACCAGGAGAAAAAAUCACUAUACCAGAAACAGUCCUUCGUAGCAUUGGCACCGACUGCAGCCUAGUCUCCUCAUCUGGAAUAAAGGUCAAUUACCGAAGGUAAUGCGUUGAAAGUAUGAUGCAUGUACGGAUUUUUUUUUCAUUUCUGCAGAUUUGGGGACGUUGCAGAGGAACUCCCCCUAGAAACCAGAGGAAUUUGAGAAUGGCUACAUCAACUGUGCACGUGUUUCAGAGAAUUGAUUCAGCGUAGCAUUUGUUGCGGUAUAAUCUACAUGUUGUGUGAAUGUUGUAUACCCUAUUGCUUCAGGAAAUUGUAGCAACACUUGGAGGCUGA